AUGAAGGGGAAAAUUGACUUUCUGAUAGCAUGUAUGGGAUUUUCAAUUGGGUUGGGGAAUGUUUGGCGAUUCCCGUAUUUAUGCUAUAAAAAUGGUGGGGGUGCUUUCCUGAUCCCAUAUUUCAUAAGUAUUUUCUUAGCCGGCAUCCCGUUGUUCUUAUUAGAAGUAACUGUUGGCCAACUUACACGUCGAGGUGUUAUAGCUGCUUGGAAUAUUUGCCCACUUUUCCAAGGUAUCGGCUUCGCAUGUACACUGAUCAACUUCUUUCUCAACUGCUACUAUACUGUAAUAUUGGCAUGGGCAUUCCACUUUAUUUUCUCAUCGUUCACCAGAGAAUUACCAUGGACCAAGUGUGGUCAGCCGUGGAAUACACCAGCAUGCACUGUCUUCACAAAUCGUCAACCAGUAAAUUUUAGCAUACCUGACAAUACUACCACUAAUACUGCUACCAGCAGUAGUAGUCAAAUGAGUAACCGUAGUGUGCUAGCUGUCGACGCAACUACAGAAUACUGGGAGAACCGUGUCCUACGUAUAUCCGAUGGAAUACACAAUCUGGGCACAAUACAAUGGGAUUUAGCCUUGUGUCUUCUUCUUACAUGGAUUGUUAUUUAUUUGUGUAUCUGUAAGGGGAUUAAAACUUCAGCAAAGAUCAUGUAUUUCACCGCACUUCUGCCAUAUGCAUUUAUGAUCACUCUGCUGAUACGAACUUCUUUACUUGAUGGGGCUGGAUAUGGAUUUAUUCAAUACCUUAAACCGGAUUGGUCUAAACUAACGGAUAAGACAGUAUGGUCUGAUGCAGGGACUCAAAUAUUUUUCAGUUACAGUAUUGGUUUAGGCAUUCUAACUGCAUUCGGUAGUUAUAACAAGUUUCAUCAUAAUUCUUUACGGUAA